GCGGGUGCCCCGGAAGCGCCAGGAGCGGCGGCGGCGGCGGCGGCGGGAGCGGAGCGGACCGCGCCUAUGUCGGGCUUCGACACCAACCCGUUCGCCGACCCGGUGGACAUCAACCCCUUCCAGGAUCCCUCAGUGACACAGCUCACAAAUGCCAGCCAAAGUGGCUUGGAUGAAUUCAACCCCUUUUCCGAGAGCUCCCAGCUGACAAAUGCAGCCCGGACGACGCCGGCCGUGCAGCCCUCGGGCCACUCGCAGCCGGCUGUUCUGCAGACGUCCGUGGAGCCCACGCCCCAGGCCGUGGCCGCGGCAGCACAGGCCGGGCUGCUUCAGCAGCAGGCAGAGUUAGAGAGGAAGGCAGCUGAGCUGGAGAAGAAGGAAAGGGAACUGCAGAGCAACUCAGCCAGCAUUAACCCGAGGCAGAACAACUGGCCACCCCUUCCCAAGAAGUGUCCCAUCAAGCCGUGUUUUUAUCAGGAUUUUUCUGCAGACAUCCCAGCUGACUACCAGCGGAUAUGCAAGAUGCUGUAUUACUUGUGGAUGUUGCAUUCCAUUACCCUGCUCCUAAACCUGCUCGCUUGUCUGGCGUGGUUCACAACUGUUAAUGACAGAGGCGUAGACUUCGGUCUCUCGAUUCUUUGGUUAAUUUUAUUCACCCCUUGUGCCUUUCUCUGUUGGUACCGACCAAUUUACAAGGCUUUCAGGUCUGACAGCUCCUUCAGCUUCUUCGUCUUCUUUUUUGUCUUCUUCUGCCAAAUAGCAAUCUACGUCAUCCAGGCUGUUGGCAUUCCUGGCUGGGGAGACAGCGGAUGGAUCGCGGCGCUGUCGGAGGUGCGCAGGAACCUGGCCGUGGCCAUUAUCAUGAUGGUGGUGGCAGCGUUCUUCACGCUGUGUGCCGUUCUCUCCCUCUUCCUCCUGAAGCAGGUGAGUGGCUUGGAGGCGAGGAGGUCAGGCUGCUCCCAGGAUACCCUGGGUUUUCUGCCUCCCUUCACCUGUCGGGGAAUGAAGAUGGAAUCGGGGCACUGGCAGGUCAAGAGAUUUAUGCAAAAGUAUUUUUGCUUGUGCUUCCUGCAUCGAUGCCGAAUUUCUUGAACACUUGAAGUAGGAAAGUAGGCUCCCUUUAGAAUCACAGAAUCACUGAAUGGUUUGAGU